AUGGCCAACACCACCGUCCGCGGGGCAACCGCUAUUCAUGGCCAGAAUCCUCAGUACCUAGUCGAAUCUGUGAUCCGGAAUCGUAUCUAUGACUCAAGCUACUGGAAGGAGCACUGUUUUGCGCUUACCGCCGAAACGUUGAUUGAUAAAGCUAUUGAGCUGAAGGCGAUCGGUGGUGUUUACGGCAACCAAAAGCCUACGGAGUUCCUAUGUCUACUCCUCAAGCUCCUCCAAAUUCAGCCGGAGAAGGAGAUUCUGCUGGAGUACUUGCAGGCGGACGAGUUCAAGUAUCUACGGGCACUCGCUGCAUUCUACAUACGGAUGACCUUCCGACCAGCGGAAGUCUAUGAAAUCCUGGAGCCUUUGCUCAAGGACUAUCGAAAAUUGCGUUACUUGGGAAUGGGGGGUUACACGCUGACGCAUAUGGACGAGUUUGUGGACCAGCUAUUGACCGAGGAGCGUGUGUGCGACUUGAUCCUCCCCAGGAUCACCAAGCGAGAUGUCUUAGAGGACUUGGGAGAGAUUGGGCCGAGGAAGAGUAGGCUGUUGGACGCUAUGGAGGGCAAAAGUGACCACGAGAGAAGUAGGAGCAGGAGUAGAAGUCGGAGCACGGACAGGAGCAGAAGCAGAAGCCGGGACGGCAGUCCACGACGCCCGGCAGGUGCGAGGAGUCCUUCGUCUUCAAGAAGCUCUAGUCGAGGACGGAGUGCUAGCAAGUCUCGCUCGCCCUCGGUCGGGUCGCGGUAUGUUUCUCGCAGCCGCUCCGGCUCACGUUCGCCCUACCGGUCUAGGAGCAGGAGCAUCUCGCCAGACCGUGUGAAUGGCGGCUCCCCUGGCCGCUUCCGUUCUCGCAGUCGCAGCAUCUCACCGGACCGCAUGGACACUACCUAG